AUGGAGCAGCAAAUCAAGACUCCACUUACAGACCUUCUUGGGAUCCAGCAUCCUAUCCUGCUGGCAGGAAUGGCAAGAACUUCGUCAUCUGAGCUCGCCGCUGCCGUUUCAAAUGCGGGUGGCCUAGGAACGGUUGGUGGACUUGGUUAUACACCUGCCCAGCUCCUCGAAAUUGUUACAUCUCUCAAAGCAUUACUAAAAUCACCCGACCUUCCAUUCGGUAUUGAUCUUGCGCUUCCUAAGAUUGGUGAUGGGGCGCGAAAGACAAACCACGACUAUACCAACGGCCAGCUAGACGAAUUGAUCACAGUCACUAUUGAAUCCGGUGCCAGGCUAUUUGUGUCUGCGGUGGGAAUUCCUCCACCACAUGUUAUCAAGCGGCUGCAUGAUGCAAAAAUUCUUAUUAUGAACAUGGUUGGACAUCCAAAACACGCCGAUUAUGCUUUGAAAGCUGGCGUGGAUAUAAUUUGUGCACAAGGUAGCGAAGGAGGCGGACACACAGGGUCUAUUGCUACAAGCAUAUUAAUACCGGCAAUCUGUGAUGUUGUGAAGAAAUACAAAUCGCCACUGACGGGCGAAACCCCACUUGUCGUUGCCGCAGGUGGUAUCAGGGAUGGAAGGUCGCUUGCCAGCUCCCUGAUGCAGGGUGCUGCUGGUGUCUGGGUUGGUACAAGAUUUGUUGCGGCGGUGGAAGCCGGAUGCUCUGAGAUGCACAAGCAAGAGGUAAAAUCUGCAACUUUUGACGAUACUAUCCGCACGUUAGUAGUAUCUGGGCGGCCUUUGAGGGUGAAGAUGAAUGAUUAUAUCAAGAAAUGGGAGGAGCAACCACAGCGCGUCAAGGAACUUUGCGAUCAGGGUAUUACACCUCUGGAAUACGACAUGAAAGAAGGAAACGAUCUAGAUUUGCCAUUCUUGAUGGGCCAAGUGGCAGGAGUAAUCGAUGACAUUAAGCCAGCGAAAGAAAUAGUGGAUGAUAUGGUAAAGGAAGCCGUGGAAAUGCUACGUAAGGGCAAUGGAUAUCUUGUCUCAAAGCUUUAG